CCCUUUUACUAUCGGUUUCACUAUUAGAUUAUACUUGGAAUCUGGUUCUAAAAGUUUAGUUUUAUUUUUCGAACAAUAGCUGUCUAUGCUCUUGUACGAAGCUUUGAUCAAAAAAUGUGUAUCAAUUACUUCAAUAAGAAAAGCCCGCCAACUUCAUGCCUUACUCCUUACCUCCAUGUCAAUGACUAUUUCACUGUAUACACCAUUUUUUCAUAAUAAUCUCAUAUCUAUGUACUCGAAAUGUGGUUCUCUUCGAGACUCCCAACUUGUAUUCGAUGGAAUGCCUCAAAGAAAUAUUAUUAGCUUUAAUGCGUUAAUCACAGCGUAUUCUGGAUCUCCAAAUGAAGCUUUGUUUGCAUUUCGGGUUCUUUCAGAAAUGAGAACUCUAGGUUUUAGACCGAACAAUUCAACCUUUACAAGCUUACUUGGAGCAUGUUACGCUCUUGAAGAUCAAUUGGUAGGGUCUAAAGUGCAUUGUCAAGUACUCAAAUUUGGUUUUGUUGAAGAUGUCCGGGUUCAGACAUCGUUACUUGGAAUGUACUCACAUUGUGGUAACCUGGAAUCUGCUGCCAAGGUUUUUGGAGGUAUGGCUGAUAGAGAUUCCAUUGCGUGGAAUUCAAUGAUCUUUGCGUGUAUGAAGAAUGACAAUCUCAAGGAAGGGGUUCAAAUGUUUUGCAAAAUGGUAGGUACGGGUUCAAAGCCGACACUGUUUACUUAUUCUAUGCUGUUGAAUGGUUGUGGGAAGUUGGGAGAUCAUGUCAGUGGGAAAAUUAUUCAUGCUCAAGUAAUUGUUUGUGAUUUAUCAGCUGAUGUUCCUUUGGAAAAUGCACUCCUGGAUAUGUACUGCAAGUGUGGUUAUAUGGAGACUGCAUUAUGCCUUUUCAAAUACAUGGAGAAACCAGAUAUGGUUUCUUGGAACUCGAUGAUAUCUGGGUAUUCAGAGAAUGGAGAUGGUAAUAUGGCUGUUUCUUUAUUCAUACAAUUAUGCCGAAUAUCUUACAGAAAGCCAAAUGAGUAUACUCUUGCAGCUGUUAUCUCUGGAACUGGAGACUUGCCAGCCUCCUAUUAUGGGAAACCUCUCCAUGCUCAAGUUCAGAAACUUGGAUUCGAGAGUAGUGUUUUUGUGGGAAGCACAUUAAUUUAUAUGUAUUUCAAGAAUGAAGAAGCACGCUCCGCUCUUUCAGAACCUGAUUUGAGAUGCUGGAACUCAAUGCUUGGAGGAUUUAGUAACCAUGGAAAAGCAGACGAAGCCAUCAAGCUUUUCAACGAGGUCUUAAAACAAGGUCUGAAACCAGACAAAGUUACCUUUGUCUCUCUUCUCUCUGCUUGUAGCCAUUGUGGCAUGGUUGAAGAAGGCAAUAUGUAUUGGAAUUACAUGAAGAGAAAUGGCAUGAAACAUGGCUUUAAGCACUAUUCAUGCAUGGUAAGCCUACUAUGUCGAGCAGGAUUGUUUAGUGAAGCAGAAGUGUUGAUCAAGGAAGCAAAUUUUGGUGAAAGAAACACCACGCUAUGGAGAAUUUUGCUUAGUUCAUGCAUUGUGUAUAGAAACUUCAAACUUGGGGUUACAGCUGCUGAUGAAGUGUUAAAAUUGAAUGUUGAAGAUGACGCGACUUUGAUACUGCUUUCAAAUUUAUAUGCAGCUGCAGGAAGAUGGGAUAGAGUUGCAGAAAUGAGGAGAAAGAUAAGACGAAUGAUGUCAGAAAAGGAUCCUGGGGUUAGUUGGAUUCAGAUUUCACACAAGAUUCAUGAUUUUGCCUCUGGAGAUCAGUCCCACCAACAGGCCGAUGAUGCAAGAAAUGAAUUGCAUCGAAUACCAGAGAACAUGAAAAAAUGUGAAACCAGCAGCCUCUGAACUCGUAUGGUGUUCUCAGAAUCU